AUGAACAUCAUUGGGAGUUACCAGCAUCACCACCACAUGAUGCCAGAACCUUAUAUCUUCACCCCUGGCUCUAGAUGCCACCAGGACAGACCUUUCUUCCAAGGAUGGGUCCUAAAUCCAGGAGAAGUGUCCCCAUCAGAAUUUGCCACCCAGCCCCCCUAUAGCCCUGAGUAUGGCACAGUGGGCCCUGCCCAGAGUAGCGGCAGCAGCCGCCUGGAGGCUCUAGGUGGUCGGCUGGCCAGGAGGAAAGGGGUGCCCCCCAAAAAGGAGAGGAGAAGGACGGAAAGUAUUAACAGUGCGUUCGCAGAACUAAGAGAAUGUAUCCCCAAUGUGCCGGCAGACACCAAGCUCUCCAAGAUCAAGACCCUCAGACUGGCCACCAGCUACAUCGGCUACCUGAUGGAUGUCCUGGCCAAGGAUAGUGAUCCGGGGGGCACAGAGGGCUUCAAGGCCGAGAUCAAGAAGGUGGACAACAGAGACUGCAAGAGGAAAAGAGAAACUCAGCAAAGUGAAGGAGUUUGGAGUGCUGCACCCCAAGGGGAGAAAAAAAUUAAGGGAAGGACAGGAUGGCCACAACAGGUCUGGGCCUUAGAACUAAAUCCUUAA